UCAUUUGAAGUUGAUCAGUAUUACGACAAGAGAUGAUGAUGACUUCGCGACGAACACUGCUUGUUGUAGGCAUUCUUUUGGCAAUCUUGAUCUUGGCGCUUCACGAAACCGAGGCAAAAGGCUCAAGAAGUUCUCGAAGUUCUCGCCAGAGUACAAAUCGCAGUCGGAAAACACAACGUAAGCCAGCUUCCUCUAGUUCCAAACCGAAGCCGAAGACGUUUCAUUCUAGUGUCACGCACAGUCAAAUACGGCAGACGAAGAAAAACCCGUUUAAUAAGCGUUUCAUAGUGGCAGCAGCCACCGCGACAGUUGUCUACAAUUUGGUUGUGGCUCCUGUAUACAGCGGACGUUAUCGACCCUAUUAUGAAACCACGAACAUUGUGAUUCCAAAACACCGCGCGUUGCAGAUCAAGCAAGAAAGUUACCAUGUGUCAACGAACAAUGGUUCCCGUUGUUCAGACGGAAAUUUGACCAAGUAUGAUGCAAGGAACAUUGUAAAUGUGACAACAAAAGUCUCGUACGAGAAAGCGAAACAUGUUGUGGCAGUAGAUACAAUUCCUCCGCACGAAAGCACUGGCACGAAGCAAACGAAUCUGACAGUUUCCGCGGAAGCGAUUAAUAACUACGUUGCCAUGAUAGAAAUACGAAUAGCUUUCAACCACAGUAUUUUGACACUAAAUGCCACCUCGAAUACAACAGCGAAUACAACUAUUGAUCUGACAGAUUGUACGAUCAUGGUGUAUGAGUCGAUAGCCUAUGUCGUCGAGUCUUUUGCGUUCAGAAACGAAGCGAGUUUUGUUUUGUUUCUAUUUGCUUUCUUCGUGAGCAUUUUGAUGAACUGAUAAGCAGUGACUAUUAGUCUGUCUUAGAAACUGUGAAGAAUACUGAUUCUGUAAAUCUGUACUAUCCAUUCUAUAGGAUGUAGAAAACAUGUAGACUAUGCGCUGUAUGGAUUAGAUUUGACAUUGAAAAAGUAAAAUACCGGAACCAAAAUAACUGUGGAUUAAAGAUGAACUUAUAAACAGCAACCUCGUUCCAAACUCUACUCAAUAUAGUGCGUUUUAUUCAAUACAUUCAAUUAAUGCAAUAUACUUAUAUACAUGAAUUGUAGUUAUACGAUGAACCUUGAGUUUUGCGGAAACUACGUUGAUAGCAAACUGAAAAUACUUAUUGGAUGUGUUUGCAAUAUUGUAAAUUUGUCAUGAAUAAUUGAACAUAAUUUGCACUUGUCAUAUUGUCAUCAGAAACUCAAUAUACUUGGGGAUAAUGAAUUACACACACUGCAUGGACGCGAUUCGACAACGCGACGCGAUUUUUCGAUUUUCACUGGCCGAUAACUUUGACUGAUCCUAGUUUAAAUUUUCCAAAUAUUUAGAAGCUCUAUAACAUUUUAAGUUAUUUGGUAUACUAUUCUUUCAAAAUUUACUCUCAUUGGCUGUUUUAUUAACUUUCAAAAAACUAAAAAUCGCGUCGCGUUGUCGAAUCGCGUCCGAUGUGUCUCGACCUUUAGAACGAAAUUUCGAACUGCGAGCAAGCUAAGGGUUAAUACAUUGAUGGUGAUCAGGGUUUAUGAUUCGUUUGUUAGAAAGAUGAUUUCUGUAGUUCAUUGUGUUGUAUUGUUCAACCAGUGACGAAGUAGGGCGUCCCAAAAUUAAAUCUAGUUGUCCUCAUCUACACAAGUAAAAACGCACAAGUUGUUACAGGUCUGCAAACAAGUUGUUACAAAUCUGUUCACAAGCUGUCG